AUGGAUUGCGCCCGUGAAUCUUUCGCAUUUGCAACAUAUAAACCAAAAUCAGAAAGGAAAGUUAAAAAGUUUGUUCAUUCGUUAUAUAAUAAUGUUCAAAAAUAUGAUAACUCAGUAUGUGGUAAAUAUAUUGACCCUUCAGAAGUUUUCAAGAAAGCAAAUGAAGAAGUUGAUAUCACUUUUGAUAUGAUUAUUCCGGUAAAUGAUUUGUUAGCAUUUCAGGCGUUCGAUGAUUAUCCUAAAUCAUUUGGUGAAAUCAUUCUUAAAUAUUAUGUUUUCAGGGAUACUUUAGUAUUUUGUCAGGUUGACCCGUUAAGAGUUGCUGAUUUACAAAAUUACGUUUAUGAAAAGAUAACUGAUGAAAAUUAUGAAAAGAUUAUGAAUCAUGUUUAUAAAUAUGAUCGCAAAUUCCAACAAAUCGGACUUCCUGCCAAAUUAAUUACAAGCUUAGCCGCUACAUCUGCUGACGCAACAGUUGAUGACGUUAUUAUUUCAUGCACAAAGAUGGAAGUUUUAGAGGAUAAAUGCAUUACACCAGGAUACGGUUUAAUUGAAGAAUCAGUUAAAGCAAUACCACGUUUAUUCAGUAAGGAAGAUCCAUUCAUGAUUCCAGCUCAACAUAUUGACGUUCGUUCACUAAAUGGAGGUUGCAUCACUCCUGAAGGUAUUAGCUCAGAUUUCUCAUACGCUCUUCAUAAUGUUACAGAUGUUGUGUUAGCAUUUCCGAAGAAUGCAAUGCAAAGAACGGUUUUAGAAAAUCCAAUGCUUCGAGGUCUUCAGGUCACUAUAGAUUCCAGAAACUUCCCCGAUCAAGCGAUGACCACAGUGGGUGACAUAUUCUUUACACGUAUGCUUCAAGCUUCUGAUUUAGAUGGAGUGAAUGAAUGCACAGAAGAAUACGAGGACUCAUUAACUAGACCACUGAAUGAUGAUAAUGGCACACCAUUAGCUAGAACAUGGAAAGACCAAACUUCAUUCUUAUGCACUAUUCCA